AUGGAUUCUGGUCUUAAAAACACAUGUUCUGAUGAUUUUUCUUCAGAAAAGUUAGGGUCCAAUAAUGAAGAUUUUUCAUCGAAGGUUCCCUCGAUUGAACUUCCUGAUGAUUUAUUUGAAGGAUGUUUAGAUCCAUGGAAGUUUUCUCUUAUAGGAAAAUUAGAUUUACAGAAAUUAAAGUUUAUUGAUGCUACUGUUAUUUUACGUCAACAAUGGAAGUUAAAAGGAGCUUGCAAACUAAUUCCUCUUGGUAGGGUUUUUUUCACAAUUAAGUUAGAUAACGAAUUUGAUCGGCAAACUAUCAAAGCAGGUCAGUGGGAAGUUAAUGAUCAGGUUCUACAAAUAAAAAAAUGGGUUUCAAAUUUUCGUCCAUCAAAUAUCCGUACAUCUAAAGCUCAAGUUUGGGUUCGUUUUCCUGGGUUGGGAUUAAAAUUUUGGAAGGAGAAGAUAUUAUUCACAAUAUGCAAGGAAAUUGGUACACCUAUUAAGAUAGAUAUUGCAACUGCGCAAUGUGAAUUUGGUUAUUAUGCGAAUGUUCUAGUUGAGGUGGAUUUUGCUCGACAGAUUCCAAAUAAAAUUUGGAUUAACACCAAAUAUGGAGGUUUCUUCCAAGAUGUUUUAAUUCCUGUUUGUCCUAAAUUCUGUCAUACUUGCAAGAUAAUUGGUCAUUUAACUACAGAAUGUAUAAUUCAGCAGAGUAACACUCAGUCUGUAAAUAACGCUCAACAAACAACCAGAGCAGAGCAGACUCAAGCACCAAGCAAAGCUCAAUAA